GAUGACGCAUUCCAAGCGUGACUACGUGCAUGGAGGAUGUUCAGGUUCUUCAGUACAUCAUUCACAUCUUGGCAAAUUGAAAGCAACGUGAAAACUUCCUCUGUGCUCCGAAGGUUUUGCUCUGCAGGUUUGCAACUAGCCAGUACGGGCUCUACUGUGAUGCCGAUUAUGGUGCCUGAACUGUUCCGGCCACCUCCAGAAGUCCGGGGGAUGAAAUCCCUGAACCGAGAGGCCUUUAGAAAGACAAUUACAGUCCCAGCAUUACGGGUGCCCACGAGGGUCAUACACAAAUUAAUUAAGAGCCUGAAAACUUCAACCAUGCAACGGUCAAAAACACCCAGAGUGGUCGAGGAUGCAGAGAGUAGUGAGUUCCGUUUGAUCCUGCUGGACCCUUACAAAGUGACGUCACCAAGCUCUUUUAGUGAAGCUGAAGCUGAGGCCCUGAGGUCAUGUGGUGUCGCUGAGGAGCUUCGAAACUAUGAGCUGCAGCUAACCUACGACAACCUGAAUACUGAUGAAGUGCUGUGGGCUGUGCUUCCUGAGGGCGAGGUCACCUCCGGGUUCAGCCGAGUGGGACACAUCGCACACAUGAACCUCCGAGAACACCAGCUCCCAUACAAAAACCUCAUAGGUCAGGUUAUCAUGGAUAAAAAUCCUGGAAUUUCCUGUGUGGUCAAUAAGACAGAUAUAAUUGACUCCACCUACCGGAACUUUAAGAUGGAGGUGCUAGCUGGUGAGGAGAACAUGGUCUCCAAAGUGAAAGAAAAUGGGAUGACAUACGAGUUUGACUUUUCUCGCGUGUACUGGAACCCCCGGUUGAGCACGGAGCACCAGCGUGUGGUGCAGCUUCUUAAACGUGGUGACACUGUCAUGGAUGUUUUUGCUGGCGUUGGACCCUUUACCAUCCCAGCUGCCCGAAAGGGUGCCAAAGUGAUGGCCAACGAUCUCAACCCGGAGUCCUACCGCUGGCUACAGCACAACUGCAAACUCAACAAAGUGGACAGCAAAGUGAGAACUUUCAACCUGGACGGCCGGGACUUCAUCUGGGGACCCAUGAAGGAGCAACUACCCGCCCUGCUGAAAGAACAAGCCAGCGUUCAUGUGAUAAUGAACCUGCCUGCUUUGGCUCUGGAGUUUCUGGAUGCAUUCCGAGGCCUCCUGCACCAGGAGUCCCCUUGGGAGAAGCUUCCUACAGUACACUGCUACGGAUUCUCAAAAGAUGGUGACCCUGAGAACAGUGUGGUAGAAAGGGCAUCCAGGAGCCUCGGAUUCUCCCUGGAGGGUCGGUGCAAAGUGGAUUUUGUGCGUGAAGUGGCACCCAACAAAGAUAUGAUGUGUGUGAGAUUCACACUUCCUAAGGAGGUCUUGUUCAGCAGUGGCCAACAGCACCCAGAACCUUCUGAAGAACCAAAGCCGAAGAAACAGAAGUGUGAAGAGACUGAUUGAACAUAAGAAAUGUCCUGUGUCGGCCCCGGGACCCAUUGGACCUGAGAUUCUACGACUUCUCCUGGAUGGGACACCAGUCUGAUGCAGGCCACUUCCCCAACCAAGGCCGGUACCCACUUACAGCUCGGUGAACUGGGGCUUUGCAGAUGAAGCAUCUUGUCCAAGGACAGAGACGGCCUGUAUGUGUGACCGGGAAUCAAACUCGGCAGUGGUAGGCACAGUUCAGCUGACAGCUAAUUAGCAAAGCUAACUGUUGUUGUUGCUAUUGUUAGCGGAUUAGUGUUUCAGCUAACUUUAAAAACCAUUACUGGAUCAUUUAACUUACACAAAGCUUACUUAUGCUAACUUUAAGUCACCUCAAUUUUUUUAUUUAUUUUUAAUUAAUAGUUUAACGGUUAAAAAUGUUUGUAAAUUCUAAAAUCAUACGUUUGUUCCUGUUGAACCUUAUGCACUAAUCCAAUUAGUUAGAUGGACACAUCGUGCAAAGACAACGAGCAUCACCUCAAGGAGAUGGAGGAGCAAGAGGUCAAAAAAGAAUAAAUGCAUUAAUUAUACUAAAAUUACUUUCCACUUUUUUUCUUUUUU